AGUAGCUGGGCAGCUGUGCAGAAAAAACCCCACAUCCCGAGAGAGAAACAUGACUGAAAACCAAGAAUUCAGCGAGUCUUUGCAGGACAGCAAGGCUGCAUACGUCCUCAGUAAUGUUGCCGAAGUGGUUGAAAGAAUCCUGACGUUCGUACCAACCAAGUCGCUGCUUCAGGUGGCGAGUGUGUGCAGGCUGUGGAGGAACUGCGCGCGCAGAGUGCUCAGGACUCAGCAGCAGCUCAGCUGGGUGUCCUCCUCCUCCUCCUCCUCUUCUUCCUCUGGAGCCUCCAGCUCCCAGGGACACUCUCUCUUCAGCAGCCUGGCCAAAGAAGUGGAGAAAGUAUUUCUCCAGCCAAGAACGGUUCUGACGAUGGUAGAUGAUUUGACUUUCAGUGGAAAAGCUUGUACUUACACACACAACAAAGCAAAAAGGAGUCGUUACAGUUCAGAUACAGUUGAAGAGCUGAAGCAGCUUUUCCCCAAAGGAUGUGAUAUCAUGGGCAUCACUACGCCAGGGGUCGUAUUGACUCGUACCGGUUCUUGCUCCAAUCCUCCUGAGGAGUACCAGGAUGGCGAAGCUGGUUUUGCGCUCAUGUUUCCCAGCAUUGAGGGUGUCAACAUCAAGCCCUUUCACUUCUGUAAGAAGACCAUCUCCCCAACUGCCUUGAAAGAAGCAGGACUAGUUGAUAACUCUGAGCUGCGUGUUGUGCUGCUGUUUGUCUAUGAGGCAUAUAAACCGGGGGGGGCAAAGUUCCUCAACCAGAUUCUAGAACCGCUUUCCAAGAGCAAGGCUGUAAUCGCAGGAGGGUUUGUGGAAAAUGUCUUCUCUCCUCCCAGCCAGUGCUGCAGCCAGGGUUCCUGCGGUGUGGUGGGUCUGGCCCUGAGUGGAUCUAAGGUCCAGGGGGCUUCUGUGCUCCUGGACCCGCACGUCAGCAAUGCUAAGGCGGCCGAAGCCACAGUCCGGCGGCUAAAGGCGGCCAAAAUUCCAGAGAAAAACACGCUGGGGUUCAUGUUUGCCUGCUUGGGGAGAGGCCGAGGCUACUACAACAACCAGGCCAAUGUAGAAGCAGACGCUUUUCACAAGGUGUUCCCCAACAUGCCGCUCUUUGGCUUUUUCGGCAACGGGGAGAUUGGAUGUGACCGCAUCAUCAAAGAGGACUACACGCUGUGUGACACAGAGACAGACAUGGACAGUCUGCAGCACGAGUACACGACCGUCAUGACCCUGGUGCAUCUAGGCUGACUGCCCUGUAUUAAUGAUGAUCAAAUGGGAAGAACGACGGACCAUUGUGCUGUUGUUUGCAGCUGCCGUUGGGAACAACGAACAUUAUGUCGGGACGGUGACUCGGUAUUGUCUCCAUUUAUAUUACUAAAGAAGGAAAAUGGUCCCUUUAGCCGUAAAUGCAGUGUCAACAUUUGGAAGAUCACACCCCUUAGAGACACAGUGAGCAAAGCUUUUUAUUUAAACUAGUGGGUCUCACAAUUCAUAGAAAAAAAUACACAUUUUACUGUUGUGUAAUAUAUUUGCAUCGAUUUUCCCCAUAUUCAAAUACGUUCAAGGCGCAUCUUGCCCCCUCACUUUGAAGGUGAGUAUCCAUAGUUGUUUUUUUCAAGCUUUUAUUUUUGAUUUAGCAAAAGCACUUUUAUUCAUGUAAGUAAAAGAAGAAGUGUUUUUUCUUUAAAAACAAAAUCAGGGUAAAUUUGUGCACGUUUUACACUUAAAGCUCUAAAGCAUUCACACCGGGUGUGGGGGGGAGGGUGAUGAAACUCCAUUUGCCUUAAUAUUCAUACAGAUAAAUAUUAGUUAUCUUCAAUACAGGAAGAUUCAGUCUGAGCUUUGCAGUGCACAUCUUUUUUUGUCCAUAUUUCCAUAUCACAUCUACAACUACUUACUUCCAAUAGUUAAUAGUCAUCUUGGCCUCUUUAGCUGAAAAAACAAAGGAAGUGAACACAGUUUCGAUUCCCCCUUUGUCUACUUAAGUGAUGGUGUCCAGGGAGAUCUUGACCCUUCUAGAAGGAUGGUGCUAGGUGAUUGGAAAUUACUCUGUACCGGUCGAAAGUUGAGGAAAAAGGAAAUAUUUCUGGGUCUUGGUAAAUAACCAGUAUUUUUUAGUGACUGUAGUGAUUGCUAGUUGUUUUUUUGUUUUUGUUUUUAAUUUGCAGAUUUUAAAAAGCUGCCAGCAUUACAGAUGUCGUUAUAAAGACGUACCGGUCCCGGAAAAUCUAUCUGAUGCUGUACAUUUAUGUGUAGAUUUUUCCCAGACAGCCCUGUGACUUGAUGUUUGGAUUGUGCCAAUGACAUGAUGGUGCAAUUUGUAUGUACUUUGUCGGUUCAAAUUAAGUUUAAAUUUUUGUGUUUUAAAAGAAAAAAAAAAGUACUAAUUCUUUAAUUAAAAAUUGUAAUAUUUUGCAUUUUAAAAUGAGUAAUACUGAUUAAAGUAUAUCAUUCUCUGUAAUGUUAUCAUUUGCCCAUAUGUUUAAGAAGAAAUGCAAACGACUGCCUAUUUUAAGCAUACUUGUUUUGUUGUUGCACUUUUCUACGUGUUCCAUAUCUUUUCUGCUAAACUCAACAAUAAAUUACAGUC